UUUCCCAGAGUACAGAAUCAGUUAUGGCGCAGUUGGUUGGAAAGAUGUUGCGGCAUUUGUUACUCCUGUCUUAUAUCUAUUCUGCACAAUCCAUUCAUGAUCAGUACAUCACUGUGGAUUCAUACUUAGGAUAUAAAGUAGUCCGAGUGAUUCCUAAAACCCAGGAGCAAGUUGAGUUCCUCAUCAAUCUACCUGAACAGUUCCUUGAUUUCUGGACUGAGCCUGGACUUUACAGGAAUGUUGAUAUCAUGACUAAUCCUGAAUGGUUUGAUGAUCUUGCCAAAGAACUGGAGUUUGCUCAGCUGACAUAUUCUGAAAUAAUUACAGACGUUCAGAAAAUUGUUGAUGAGGAAAAAAUGGAAUUGGAGAGAAUUAAGAUAGUUAAUGAAGGAAACUUCUCUUUGUUCUCAUAUCAUGAGUACCCAGAGAUAGUGGCUCAUCUAGAGUUUCUUGCAGAAACAAUUCCAGAGGUUGAAGUUGAAAUCAUUGGACAAAGCUGGGAAGGACAGGAAAUGGUAGUAUUGAAGAUAUGCAAGAAUGGAUGUGGGAAUAAGCCUGCAAUCUGGAUAGAUGGAGGAAUCCAUGCUAGAGAAUGGAUAAGUCCUGCUACUACAUUGUGGACAAUCCAUGAGGUAUUGAAUGCUGACCCCUGGUUUACAGAGAGCUUGGAUUGGUAUUUUCUGCCUGUCUUCAACCCUGAUGGGUAUCAAUUCACUCAUGAACAUACUCGUUUAUGGAGAAAGACUCGAUCAUUUCACAACUCUCUGCUUGGCUGCCGAGGAACAGAUGCAAAUAGAAACUUUGGUUAUCAUUGGAACGAGGGUGGUUCGUCUGGUGAUAAAUGUUUUGACACCUAUCAUGGACCUGAGGCAUUUUCAGAACCAGAAACUGCUAAUGUUAGAGACUUUAUAAUGGCGAGGAAUGGCACUGUAAAAUAUUACAAUAAUAUGCACAGCUACUCCCAGCUUGUGCUUCUCUCCUGGGGUUACACCACUGAUCCUCCUCCCAACUAUAUGGAGUUUGUGAGUAAUUUACCAUGUUCAUUUUAUCACAAGCCUAUGGCCCUUCCAAUAGUACAAUAUGUAAUCUCUUUACCUUCCAAUAGUACAAUAUGGGCAAGUGAUUGGGCACUGGGAGAAGCUGGGAUUCCAUUCUCAUUCUCUAUGGAGCUGAGAGACACGGGAAAGCAUGGGUUCCUUCUUCCUCCCUCCUUUAUAGAACCAGUUGGUAAAGAAACAUGGGAAUUCCACAAAACCGUCGCCAUGGCAAUCUUAGAAGAAUAUAAACAGUUUUCUACAGAAAUCUGAAACAUUUGAUAUUUGUGUUAUCUUUUAAAUACGUACAAAGUUGCCAGUGACAUUUUUUGCAAUAUAUCAUUUUAUCUUAAAUUUUCAACAAAUCCAAAGUGUUUCACUCAGAAUUAUAUUUCAUAUAAUUUU